GCAACAAGAGCAGGUGACUUGAGUUCUUGGAAAGUUCCUGGAAAGCAACGCAAGUGGCCACCGCCGCCUUUUUUCGGAGGCCGGGAGCUGCUGGCUUCGUCCAUCCAGAAGCAGUUGAGAUUCCUCUCUUGACUAUAUUAACACGCUACAGAAAUGAAGCGAACUUCGCCUGGUACCAUCCUAAGCUGCAAAACACGCGCACAUCCAUACGUUGCAUCCUUUGUAUUUAUCAACGAUGCUUCCCAUCAAAUACAAUUCAUUUGUUUGUCACCCAUUCCGUGGAGACAUCCAAAUGCACAGCCUGUAUUUAUUUGGAGGGGUGGGAAGAGACAGAGAAAAAGAAGUUCAAUGGGAAGAGUUGGGGCCCCGUAUGCGCGCGUUGAGAUUUUAAUACGUUCAGUGAUGCUCUAAAAGAGGGGUCCUGAGCUUCCAUUCGAGCUGUUUUCUGAGGGAAGACUCAGGUCUGCUCCUCAUCGCCACGUGACUUCCCCUCACUUUAAAUUCACUGUCUUUUGUUUUCGUUGUUUUCUUUUAUACGAAAUGAGGCCGCGUUCGCCAUGGCUGGUAGAUGCGGCUCGUAAAAUUUUCACCUUCUUGUCCUGACCAGGGAACUGGCCAUUGAGAGAAGCCCCGAAAGGAAAACGGACUGUUGUUGUGCGCUGUAAGUUCAUUCUGUGCCAGGCGUCACCAGGGCUUCGGUGGGUGAAGAGGGGUGUUAGAAAUGAAGCAGCCCUUUCUGUUCAAAGAGUUAAAUUAAUUCCAAGAAUCAGGGACGAACAAAAGAUCUCCCCCAACCCCCACACACUUAUACACACAAAUACACACCCUAUUUUCGUUUUCUUUUGUGCGCGCCCCGCUGUGCCUCAACUCUGUCACGAUCGAGAGGGUUGAAUCAGGCCGAAUCGAUUCACUGAGUGACCGGCUGCUGUUCGUGGAGUUACUCGGGGUGACCAAGCUUGUUCGCGGGCACGGCACGAUGUUUGGAAGCCGGUGAACCGGCUCGCACAACAGAAAACGCUCCGAUUAACGAAAAGAUUCAGAGCGCUGGGAACAAAGCCUUUAUUUUUCUGGCCGAUGUAGACGUUUCGAUUGAAGUGCGAUCAGCAGUCAUUUGAAUUUAUCACCUCUAUGAUCUGCCAGGAGAAAGCAGCAACCCCGCUGUCCUCCGGCAGUUCGUCUCAGGACCCCCUUGACCUCCGGGAAGGACAUUCUGAUUUGUUCCGUAUCUCCUGCACCAUGAGUCAUUUGGAGCUUACAGGCUGGUAUUGGGGAGCACUUACCUCAGUUGAAGCACGACAGAUUCUGAACCAAACCACGGAAGGCACAUUUCUAAUCCGGGAUAGCUCUAACCCAGAAUAUCUUCUUACACUUUCGGUCAAAACAAGCUCAGGACCUGCACACCUUCGUAUUGAAUACAACGAGGGAAAGUUUGGCUUUGAUUCAGUGGUUUUGGCAAAACCAAAGCUCAAGAAUUUUGAAGACGUGGUUGAUCUUAUCCAGCAUUAUGUCUUGUUGUCUAAAAGUGCCCAAGCCACAAAUGACCAGUCACUUGCACCAGUGACUAAAGAUACAGUGAUUCACCUGAAACUGACCAAGCCCUUGUACAUUGCAACACCUUCAUUGCAACAUCUAUGUAGAAUUAUAAUCAAUAAAAGUACUAAGGCAAUCCAAGAACUUCCCUUACCUGCUAGAUUAAAGAAAUAUUUAUUAGAAUACCCUUUCCAUUUGUAACUCAUAAAGAGAUAAUCAUUCCUAAAGUGUGUGGGAGAGAAAAUGUCAACAAUAAAUGACAGUGGGACUUGUGACAUGGAGGAAAUAUUCAACUGUUUCAUGUUAAUGACUUAACGAGAUUUGGUGCUCUAUUGCAACACACCUAAUAGAUAAGGAAUUAAGCUGUCCAUCGUUUUCAUGUUCGGUUUAAUUUAAUGUACGCACAAAUUUUACAGUUUCUUAGUAAAAGCAAUCCAUUUAGUUUUCACGGUAAUUAUGGUAAAUUUUUGAUUUUUGUUCAUUAUUUCUUUUGACAGCUGUGGCUUGAUAUGAUAUACUGUACAUUUUAUACAACAUGCAUUCUCGAAAUGUGGUAUUUGAAGAAUAGCUUGGUUUGUGGUGAUUCUUGUGCCUUGGCUGGCUGAGGAUGGAAGGAAUCAAAAGAUAAAAUCCUGUAUUGCCAGUGAAAUAUUCCAGAGACAGUGUUGUGGAGAGCAUCGUUAGCAAAUUUCGUUGUGCCCCUAGCUUUUAGCUCAACUGCCAGCAUGUACUAUUGAGAAUAAAAGAAUUGCUGAAUUAGUCAUUUAGACUGAAUAAGAGCACUGCUUCCUUGUGCUCCCCAGAGUGACCCUUACAUACCCCAUGUGGACAAACUGAGGGUUUUCUACCAAACAGAUUGGUACAUGAGGCGAUUUGGUUCUCACUGAGUGUUGCAGGAAAUGUUAGCCAAUAUUUGAUAUCACUACCUGCAGUAUAAUGAAUUAUAGAGAACUUGUACUAUCAGCAUUUUCCCACUUAAGUUGAAAUAUUAGACAAAAGAUUAUAUGGCAUGCCAACUGCCUAAAAUUAACCUGCAGAAAAGGCAAAACUUCAUAAUGGUUGAGAAUGUCAUAUGUAAUGUGAUUUGAAAAUUACUGGUAAAUUAAUCAAAACAAUUGAGCACAAAAAUACUUGUGCAUUAAACUGUUCCUGAAAAUUAGUCUAUCUAAAGCAAAUUGAUCUAGAGUUGGUGUUUGUAAUGAUGAUAGAACUGCCAGCAUUGACCAUCAUGACAGGCAACAACUUCAGGCAUCUGUACAUGCUCAGCUAAGUACAAAUAGCCAGUAGUUGCUGUCAAUCAUAUCCUGCACCCUGAAUUUAUACACAGUUGCAGUCUCUGCAGAUGCAGUCAAAGCAGUCAGUGAUUUGGCAUGAGCAUGAACUUCUUAUGCACUAUUCUUGCUGGAAAAAUUCUGAAAAUGUUAACAGUAUGAUUUUUAACAACAUGGAAAAUCAUAAUUAGUGCUGAACAAUAUCUCUAGCCCUGAUAAUCUAAUUUCAUAUGUGGAGUGUAAUUCUCAGCAUUUCUUGAUUAAAACUUCCACAGGUUUUUAAUGUUUAAAAAAUUUAUUUCCCCAGCUUUUAUCUUAGUCCUAUGUCCAAUCUUUCAUUUGCUCUUCCUGCAGUGAUUAGAAUGCAAAUACCAAGCCUUGCAUUUUACUUCUGCUUUACUGUCUGUACGAAUUUGUCAAGUUAGUCAACUGAUCAGUCAGCUUCUUGUCUUCACUUUCCCCUGACACUCUAGAUGGCACAUUUCCAUCUGUUUAAGAAGCCAAUGCCAUAGAGUGCAGUAUUUCCUUUGUGGCUGCUUUACUUCAUGUCAGUGGUGACCUCCGUCCCGUCACUACCACUGGCUGCAAAAUCUGGGCCAUGGCAUUGCAUUGCGAAAUUGGAAUGAUGUCAGGAGCGAACUGAUGCACCAUGCAGCUGCUUUUCUACUAUAAUGUAUGAUGCCAGUAAUGCACUGGUAUCUGUAGAGUAGAGAAGCAGCUGCCUAAUUGGCUUGCUGAUGCCUAAGAAUUAAUAGAACAGGAAAGGUCACCCAGCCUGUAAAGCUUGUUCUAUCUUUGGCUAUGUAUGACACACAAACAGUAGUAUACUGUGAUCCAUUUCUAGAACUGUAGUCCCACCUGUCACUGACUUGCUCAAAUCUUAAUCUUCCAUUCUGCAAUAAAAACAUCUAUUAUACCUA